UAAGCAGUCGGGGAUUAUGGAGAACUUAGAUCUUCUUUUUGGGAUGCCUGGUUCAGUUUCAGUUCGCCUUUGUUGAGAUCCACUAUGAGUACUAACGUCUGGGAGGCAAACGAGGAGAUUCAGUUCUUCCGUGAAUAUCUACGCAUCCCCAGUGUGCACCCCAAUCCGGAUUAUGAGCCGUGUGUGGAGUUUCUGAAGAGUCAAGCCUCGGCCUUAGACCUUCCCAUUAGAAUAUGCUAUCCUGCCAAUGAGAAGAAUCCUGUGGUGGUCCUAACAUGGGAGGGUCUCCAGCCGGAUCUGCCAAGUGUCCUGCUCAACUCCCACAUGGACGUCGUGCCAGUCUUCCCGGAAAAGUGGUCGCACCCUCCGUUUGGCGCAGAAUUGGACGAGAAGGGCCGCAUCUUCGCCAGGGGUAGCCAGGACAUGAAGUGUGUGGGGAUGCAGUAUUUGGCUGCCAUUAGGGCUCUGAAGCGGAGUGGCUCCCGGUUCAAGAGGACCAUCCACAUCUCCUUUGUACCAGAUGAAGAAGUUGGGGGAAAGUUGGGAAUGCACGCCUUUGUGUCCUCGCAGGACUUCCGCUCCCUGAACAUUGGCUUCAGCCUCGAUGAAGGCAUUGCCUCGCCCACCCCAGAGUUUCCCGUGUUCUUUGCCGAGCGGUCCGUACGACGUGUCAUUUUCAAGAUCGGCGGUUCAGCAGGCCACGGCUUGCUUCUGAUGCCCAAUACGGCGGGGGAGAAGUUUAGCUACAUCCUCGAGAAGAUGAUGGAGUUCCGGAGCGCUCAAGUGAGACGGCUGGAGGACAACCCCGAGCUCCAGAUCGGCGACGUGACGACCAUCAAUCUGACCACGGUGGCCGGCGGAGUCCAGAGCAAUGUGGUUCCUCCUCUGCUGACAGCCUGCUUUGACUGUCGCCUCUCGAUAGAUAUCGACAUCUCGGAGUUUCAUGCCACGCUUCUCAGGUGGUCUGAAGAGGCGGGUGGAGACAUCGAAGUCGAGUUCGGAACGUUCCAGAGCACACCACGCGUGCCGCCCACGGCCACGAACGACUCCAAUCCCUUUUGGGUGGCUUUCAAGAGGGCAACGGAUGACCUGGGCCUCUCCAUCAAGCUGCAGGUGUUCCCUGGCGGCACCGAUAGCCGCUUCAUCCGCCAUGUGGGCAUUCCGGCCUUGGGAUUCUCGCCUAUGAACAAUACUCCCGUCCUGCUGCACGACCACGACGAAUAUCUUCACGCAGACACCUACCUGAAGGGGGUGGAGACGUACAUCAAGAUUAUUGCGAAUGUUGCGAAUGCCUAAGCUUUCCAAUGUCACAAUUAAGCAAAAUAAACCAUAAAUUGUACAAUA